GAAAUAACCGAUGCAUCCGGUUAUCAGAUGUUGUAACCGGUUAUUCGGUUAACUGAGUGUAAAAAAUAAACCGGUUUAUAAGCGGUUAAGCGUAAGAAAAACACCGGUUAUUGGAAUAACCGGUUAAAUUUGCCCAUCCCAUCCCUACUUUCCAACUGUCUCCAAGCGAUAUACCAUCGCUCGGCAUUUUGUUUAAGUUCAGCAUAUAAAGUUAAAGUUUGCGAUUGUUCCAAAAAAGACUCAGUGUGCUAUAACGGCGUCAAUAUUUUCGGAAUUUUGCAUUCAUCAUGGAAGAACACGUGCGUAGUCCAGAUCCUUUAAUAAAAGGUGAUGACAUGGCUAAGAACUGGCAAAUCUGGAAAGAAGAUUUUAUUUCAUUUAUGAAUGUAACUGGAUACAUCAAAAAAUCCACUGAAAUGCGUGCGAAUCUUUUAAAAAAUCAAAUUGGAAGAGUUGGUAUUGAAGCAAUGCAAAACAUAUCUUUUGAUCAAAUAGAAGAUAAAGAUGAUAUGGAUAUACUGAUUAAAAAACUUGAUGAAUAUUUUAAUCCUCCGAAAAACGAAGUGAUGGAACGAUAUUUCUUUUUUACAACAGUAAAAAAGCAAAAUAUAUCCAUUGAACAGUAUAUCAAUAUUUUAAAAGAAAAAGCUAAAACUUGCAAUUUUGAACACACCAUGAUAGAUAAUAUUAUACGAGACAAAAUCGUCUUUGAGACUCAUGAUAAAAUAUUGCGUCAAAAAUUUUUUGAAAUAGGCAAUAAUUUAAAUCUAACGAAAUUAAUAGCAAUUUAUAAUGAUCACAACAUUAAUACUGAGAAGAUGAAACAAUUCACGAAAUAUUGCUGUUGGAGAUGUGGCAUUCAGCAUCCAGUACAACGAUGUCCUGCUUGGGGAUCAAAGUGCGAGAAGUGCGGUGACUUACAUCACUAUACUGGACGUUGCAGAGAUCUUAAAUCUAAAAUAAAUGAUAAUAAGAUAAACAAAAAUGUACUGGAUCAAACGCAACAAAUAUUCACUUCAAAGAAUAAUGACAAAUGGAAUAUUCAAACAGAUUCCGCAAUUAAAAAGGAUUCAACAAAUGAAAUGAUAAAUUUUCCUGCUGUUCCAACAGCACCUUGCGAUAUUGUAGAUUCAUCUGUUCGCAAAGAUUCUACUUUUGAUUUUCUAAUAAAUAAAUAUGAUACAAGUUCAAAAAUGUACAACGAUAAUACUGCGAAUCAAUCAACAAAUUUGCUUAAGAAUACACAGGAUGUUGAUUAUUACAGAGGUAAUUCAUAUACGAAGUUAUCAGUCAAACCAAACAAAUCACAUAAUACAAAUUCAAAAUUACGGACUGAUAAUACCAUGAUUCAUUCAGCACAUUUGUCUAAGAGUAUACAGGACGAUAAUUCAUAUUCGAAGUUACCAGGUAAACCAGGCGAACCACAUAGUACAAAUUCAAAAUUACGAAAUGAUAAUACCGCGACUCAUUCAGUAUAUUUUUCUAAGAGUACUCAGGACGGUAAUUCAAAUUCAAAGUUACCAGGUAAACCAGGUGAACCACAUAGUACAAAUUCAAAAUUACGGAAUGAUAAUACCGCGACUCAUUCAGUAUAUUUGUCUAAGAGUACUCAGGAUGAUAAUUCAUAUACGAAGUUACAAUCACUAAAUCAAUCAAGCAUUCCAGCCGAGUUAAAGACUCCGCCAAGCGUUUCAAACAUCUCAGUCCAGCCAAACAUCCCAGUCCAGCCAAACAUCCCAGUCCAGCCAAACAUCCCAGUCCAGCCAAACAUCCCAGUCAAGCCAAGGAUCCCAGUCAAGCCGGACGAGACACCUCUGGGACAUACAAGUUCAAAAUUGUGCAACGAUAAUAUCACGAAUGAUUCAGCAAAUUUUAUUAAGAGUACACAGGCUAAUUCAUAUACGAGAUUCCCAGCCAAGCCGAACGAUACACAUAAUGCAAGUUCAAAAUUAUGCAACGAUAAUAUCACGAAUCACUCAGAUAAUUUAUCUAAGAAUACACUGUAUUAUUCGAGUGCGUAUAUAGUUAAGCCAGAUGGAACAAUUGUAGGAAAGAAUACAAGGGAUACAUUAUAUAAUGGAAACAAUCAAAAGAGCAAGCCAACCAAAGACUGUGUAUUGCAAUAAAUUCCUUAUUAUAUAAACAUAUUUUGCAAAAUUACAAUUAACAGCAAAAUCUUUACUUACAAAUUAGUUUGUCUUUAUUCUACUGAUUUAAGGUUGGAAAGUUUGUAAUGAGAUUUUUAUGAUAUAGCAACAGAGUUUUGUAAUGUAUACUAUGCAUUCUUGACAAUUAAUAAAAAUAUUAAAAGUA